AUGCAUCUCCUUACCGUAGAGCGACAGAUAUUUCUGCUCUCCACGCUUGCUGUCAGUCAGCUAGCGUUCGCGACUCCCAAUCGACGCGACGCGCAUGCCGACGAUGAGCUUCUCCCACAUACAUUCGAGCCACUCCCUCUCGGCUCCAUCAAGCCGCGCGGAUGGCUAUCAGAUCAAUUGCAUCUCAUGGCCGACGGACUUCCAGGCCACGAGCACGACUUCUACCCCAUCGUUACAGACAGUCUUUGGCUCGGUGGUCAUACAGACUACAAUGAUUUGAAUGAGGGCCUCCCGUACUGGUUCAACGGCCUGGUUCCCUUGGCAUAUCUGACCGACGACCAGCGUCUUAAGGACCAGGUCCUAAAUGUCGCCGACUAUGUCUUAUCGCAUCAGCACGAUGACGGAUGGCUAGGUCCUGAGGCAAGCCCGUCCGCGCGGAACUUCUGGGGCAGAUCGCCCAUGAUGCUGGGACUGAGCCAGUUGGCAGAAGCGGAGGCGGGGACAGAGCUCGAGACACGGAUUCUGGAUGCGAUGCACAGGUUUGUUGAUCUGAUGCACUCGAUGCUAUCCGAUAAUUACCGGGGUCUGGUGCAGCAGACUGAGGACGACGUGGAUGAUCGGUGGGGGCGCGCUCGCGCGGCGGAUAUGGUACUUAGUCUGCAGUGGCUGUAUGAGCGAGACCCUAGGGCCCAAGGGCAGACGAUCCUGGACUGCAUGCGAAUGUUUCAUGAAAAGGCCCUGGACUGGGAGCACUGGUAUACGGAUGGAGUCUACCUCAAGGACGAUCUGGGCACCAUCUCUCCGGACAUCACCGACGCCAACGAUCCGUUCGAGCAUGGGGUCAAUGUUGCUAUGGGCUUGAAGAGCGGAGCAGUUUUUAAACGCCUGACGCAUGACGAGGGACUAGCUACAAGCGCGCUGCGAGCCGUCAACUGGACUUCCAGAUACCACGGAACUGUUUCAGGGUCGAUCAUCGGCGACGAGCGCAUCUCCGGGCUGAGUCCCGCAAGUGGAGUGGAGCUUUGUACUGUGGUCGAGACAAUGUUUUCGCUGAGCUACCUGUACCAUGCUCUGGGGGACAAUUCAUUGGCGGAUCAGUGUGAGCUCGCCGCAUUCAAUGCGUUGCCGGUCAUGACUCUUCCCGACUGGUCGGCGCAUCAGUACGUCGCGCAGACCAAUCAGCCCAUCUCGCAUAGACUGGACCACUCUCCUUUUCAGAACGUGGACGAGAUGGGGCAAACAUUUGGACUCGAGCCGAAUUACCCUUGCUGCACUGUAAAUCAUCCGCAGGGAUAUCCCAAGUUUGUGUCUGCGGCCUUUGUAAGGCAUGGUCAGAACGGCAUCGCACACGCCCUUCUUGGUCCAAUGAGUGUCCAGACUUCCACAAAGUCAGGGACGCAGGUGAGAAUCAACUGCGAGACCGAGUACCCGUUUAGCCAGCGGCUGGUGUAUACCAUCGACGCGGACGCUCCAUUCGACUUUUCCGUACGGAUCCCAACAUGGUCCGCUUCCCACACUGUCUCGGUCAAUGGAUCCCCUCUGGCGGGAGGGACACCUGAUACACGGACCGGCAUGCUCAUAGUUCCCUUAAGUCAAAGCUCAUCCGAAGUGGUCGUCACACUGGCUGCAGAAGUUCACGUUCAAAGCCGCGCCAACGAUACCGUAGCCAUCUACUACGGCAACCUGCUCUACGCGAUCCCGGUGCAGUACACACAAACCUCCCAGCCUGCCCAGGGUUACUCCAAUCUUCCGGACAAUAUCCGAGAUUAUGAGCUUCAUCCGACCGGUUCCUGGGCCUAUGCGAUCGACCCAUCUUCCCUGCGAUAUAAUGGUUUUGACGGAGCUCUGUCCAAUCCUCUCUGGACUUUAGGAGCACCGACACCCAUCACGGCAAGAUUCUGCGAGAUCCAAUGGGAGCUGAAGGAUGGAUAUGCGCCCAAUCCGCCCCGCAAAGGUGACCGGGCGUGCCAAAGUGAGCCGGUCGAAAUUGACCUCGUCCCGUAUGGAAGCGCAAAGUUGCACAUGGCGGAACUGCCUGUGAUGGAGUAA